CGAACCCGGCGCGAGCGACAAGCCAGCACCAGCGGCGGCGGCAGCAGCAGCAGCAUUGCCCCUGCUAAACAUCCGGGUGCUGCCCCGACUGCGCAGACUCCGCGCUGCAGCUGCGUUUCCGUGUUAGCGAAGGGGGGGCUUAUGGGGGGGAGAGAAGGGAAACAGCCUGGCAGAGCGAGAAAGCAGAAGAGACGCAGCGGGACACGGACUCAGGAAAGACCGCACUGAGACACUGCAGCCAAAUAACCAACAAAUAGAGAGUCAUCGCUUUAAAAAAAAAAAAAAAAAAAGAACCUCGUCAGCGAUCGCAACCUGAGAACUGACGGCCAAAGAUUUUGACAUGGAGACUGCAGUGACAACACACUCUUAACAUGUGAGAUUUACAGAGUAAAACAGAAGAGAGCGAGUGUGUGGCUGUCCCCCCACCCCCCCUCCCGUCCGUUUACUGGUGAUCUCCUUUUUGUGGUAUAUCAUCGUCUCUGUGUUUUUGGGGGAAAAUGAAGAAGUUUAACAUCAGGAAGGUGUUGGACGGCCUGACGGCUGUGUCCUCCUCCACUGCGUCGCCUCAACCUGGAAACCGGGAGAAUGAUUUGAUCCAGGAGACCCUCCAAUCCGAGCACUUUCAGCUCUGCAAGACCGUCAGGCACGGGUUCCCAUAUCAACCCUCCUCCAUGGCCUUUGACCCCGUUCAGAAAAUCUUGGCCAUCGGGACCCAGAACGGAGCUUUGAGGCUCUUCGGACGUCCCGGCGUGGAAUGCUACUGCCAGCACGACAGUGGAGCAGCGGUAAUACAGCUUCAGUUCCUGAUCAACGAGGGGGCGCUCGUGAGCGCUCUGGCCGACGACAGCGUUCACCUCUGGAACCUGCGGCAAAAGCGGCCCGCCAUUCUCCAUUCCCUCAAAUUCAACAGGGAAAGGAUAACCUUCUGCCACCUGCCUUUCCAGAGCAAAUGGCUGUAUAUCGGUACGGAACGGGGAAACAUUCACAUCGUGAACGUGGAGUCGUUCACCCUCUCAGGCUACGUCAUCAUGUGGAACAAAGCCAUCGAACUAUCCUCCAAGGCCCACCCGGGACCAGUCGUGCACAUAAGCGACAACCCAAUGGAUGAAGGAAAGCUCAUAAUUGGAUUCGAGUCUGGAAUAGUGGUGUUGUGGGACUUGAAAUCAAAGAAAGCAGAGUACCGCUACACCUACGACGAGGCGAUCCACUCGGUGGCCUGGCACCACGAGGGGAAGCAGUUCAUCUGCAGCCACUCGGACGGCACCCUGACCAUCUGGAACAUCAAGUCACCCGCCAAGCCCGUGCAGACAAUCACCCCACACGGAAAGCAGCCCAAGGAUGGGAAGAAGCCGGAGCCCUGCAAACCCAUCCUGAAAGUGGAGUACAAGACCACCAGAGCGGGGGACCCGUUCAUGAUCCUGUCCGGGGGGCUGUCCUACGACACGGUGGGCAGGAGGCCGUGUCUGACGGUGAUGCACGGCAAGAGCACCGCCGUCCUGGAGAUGGACUACCCCAUCGUGGACUUCCUAACGCUGUGCGAAACGCCAUAUCCAAAUGAUUUCCAGGAACCUUAUGCUGUAGUCGUCCUUCUAGAAAAGGAUUUAGUAGUUAUUGAUCUUGCACAAAAUGGAUACCCCAUCUUUGAGAACCCGUACCCGCUCACCAUCCACGAGUCCCCGGUGACGUGCUGUGAGUACUUCGCCGACUGCCCCGUGGACCUCAUCCCCGCCCUGUACUCCGUGGGCUCCAGGCAGAAGCGGCAAGGCUACAGUAAAAAGGAGUGGCCCAUCAGCGGCGGUACCUGGGGUCUCGGGACACAGAGCUACCCAGAGAUCAUUAUCACCGGGCAUGCAGAUGGGUCAGUAAAAUUCUGGGAUGCUUCUGCAAUAAUGCUGCAAGUGCUGUACAAGCUGAAGACGGCCAAGGUGUUCGAGAAGGCCCGGAACAAGGAGGACAAGCCCAACACGGACAUCGUGGACGAGGACCCCUUCGCCAUCCAGCUCCUGGCCUGGUGCCCCGAGAGCCGCAUGCUGUGCGUGGCCGGCGUCUCCGCCCACGUCAUCGUCUACCGGUUCAGCAAACAGGAAGUGGUGACGGAGGUGGUGCAGCUCCUGGAGGUGCGGUUGCAGUACGAGCUGAAUGAAAUGGACUCUCCGGAGGUGGGGGGGGACCAGCCGCCAGCCCUGCCCACCCCUGGAGCCACGUCCAGCCCCCAGUCCCACCCCUCCACCAGCAGCAGCUCCUCAGACGGGAUCCGGGACAACGUCCCCUGCCUAAAGGUCCGCAGCACCCCUCUGAAGCAGUCUCCGGGGUACCAGGUGGAGCUCGUGGUUCAGCUGGUCUGGGUCAGCGGGGAGCCACCUCAGCAAAUCACCAGCCUGGCCAUCAACUCCUCCUACGGGCUCGUGGUUUUCGGCAACAGCAAUGGCCUCGCCGUUGUCGACUACCUCCAGAAGACUGUUCUACUGAACCUGGGGACGAUCGAGCUGUACGGGUCCAGCGACCCUUACCAGAGGCAGCCGAGGUCCCCCCGGAAAGCCAGACAGCCGUCUGGAGCAGGUCUCUGUGACAUUAACGAGGGCUCCAGCACCUCAGAGGACCGCUGCAAGUCGCCCACUUCAGAACCGGCCUCGGCAUGCAGUUCCGACGAGGACCAUAAGCAGCCUAAUUUUAUAGAAAGGGUGAAGAGCAAAAGCCGAAAGUUUUCCAAGACGGUGGUCACUGACCUAGUGCUGACGUCAAACCCUCAGCAAUUCUACAAUGGAGGAGGUAGAGGAGCAAAGAUGUCACGGAAAUUAAGCUUGCCUACUGAGCUAAAGCCAGACUUGGCAGAGCAGAGGCGGAGGCGCCAGCGGUCCCUCCCCUACAAGAAGCGCCCACAGUGUUUGGAGGAGGGGGCGGAGCCAGGAGAGUCACCUCAAGGAGGGGCGGUCCACAGGACUUUCUCCGCCCCUCUGUCCUACAACCGGGAUAACUCGUUCAGCCGCUCCCGGAGCUCCAGCGUGACCAGCAUCGACAAGGAGUCGCGCGAGGCCAUCACCUCCUUCCACUUCUGCGAGGCCUUCACGCGCAAGACCGACAGCGCCGCCACGCCCGGCCUGUGGGUGGGCACCUCGCUGGGCACCGUGCUGGCCAUCGCCCUCAACCUGCCCCCGCCCGGGGAGCAGAGGCUGCUGCAGCCCGUCAUCGUCUCCCCCUGCGGCACUUUGAUAAGGCUGAAAGGGAGCAUUUUGAGGAUGGCCUUCCUGGACGCCACGGGGUCCUUCCUGCCGCCGGCCUUCGAGCCGUGGUACGAGCCCAACGCCCCGGACGACCGCGACGAGAAGGACAAGGCGCGGAAGCGGCGGCCGGUGUCGGUGUCGCCCUCGUCGUCCCAGGAGCUGAACGAGCACCAGUACGCGGUGGUCUGCUCGGAGAAGCAGGCCAAGGUCAUCGCCCUGCCCUCGCAGACCUGCAUCUUCAAACACAACAUCACCGAGGCCUCCUUCGUCCUGCGCUCCGACGUCGUGCAGAUGAGCGCCGGCCUCUGCGUGGCCUGCUUCUGCGCCAACGGCCACAUCAUGACGUUAAGUUUACCAGGCCUAAGACCACUGUUGGAUGUAAAUUACCUGCCCCUGACCGACAUGCGGAUAGCCAGAACGUUCUGCUUCACCAACAACGGGCAGGCCAUGUACCUGACCUCUCCCACGGAGAUCCAGCGAAUAACCUACAGCCAGGAAACCUGCGAGAACCUACAGGAGAUGCUGGGAGAGCUGUUUACCCCGGUGGAGACGCCUGAGGCUCCAAACAGAGGCUUCUUCAAGGGGCUCUUUGGUGGAGGAGCACAGUCUCUGGACAGGGAGGAGCUCUUCGGGGAGACAGGCGCUGGUAAGGCCUCGCGGAGCCUGGCCCAGCACAUCCCCGGGCCGGGGGGCAUCGAGGGCAUGAAGGGGGCGGCUUCGGGCGUGGUGGCCGACCUGGCUCGCGCCCGGAUAGCGCUGGACGAGCGAGGGCAGAAGCUGGGCGAGCUGGAUGAGAGGACGGCGGCCAUGAUGGCGAGCGCGGACUCCUUCUCCAAGCACGCCCACGACAUGAUGCUGAAGUGCAAAGAUAAGAAGUGGUACCAGUUCUGAUGACCCGGAGAGUCAGAGGGACUCAGCGGUGAUGUUCAAGCAACUUCAUCUGGAGGACUCCCGCCCUCCCCCCUACACCCCCACCCUCCCCAAACCCCCCUCUACACCCGUUCCUUUCCGCUGGACACGGGGAUUCAUCUCGGAAGGCCGACCGUAUCCUAGCACAACACACACACUGCGUUACCUCGGCAACACGGCUUCAGCUGAGGAACAGACUGGGGGAAAAAAAAACGAAAAAAUCAAAAAAUAUAUAUAUAAAUAUAUCUGAAGUAAUUCAAAAGGAAGGAGAAAUAAAAAAAAUACACCUUCGAAGGUGUGUUUUUUUAUCUUCUUCUUCUUUUGGUUUGUCCCCAGCCCCCACCACCAACACCCCCCCCCCCCCCCCCUCCCCCGGCCAUGCGGUGUCCAAACGGCAAAACACUUCUGGAACGGGGCAAACGGAACAUGGAGACUGUGACUGCGGGGUGAGGGGUGUGUGUGACGAGGGGGGUGGGGGGGGCGGGCGGUGUGUGUGUGUGUGUGUGUGUGUUUGGGGAGGGAGGUGGAGUCCCGGUGCUGGAGGGGGGCGGGGGGUGUGGGGGGGGGGGGGGGUUUCUCCUGCAGGUCAUUUUCAUAACGCCAAACGUUGUUGUUGUGCCGUUGUCUGAGCAGCUUUCUCCUAAUUUUCCCUGGGGCCAGUCAGGCGAAAAGACUAACGAAAACAAACAAAAGAAACUAACAAAAAAAAAUUCUAUGUAAAAAAGAGGAAAAAAUAUAUAUAUACAUAAACACAGACAUACAUUAUUUAUAUGUCAUACAUAUAUACACACACGUAUAUAUAUAUAUGCGUGUGUGUAUAUUAUAUGAUCAACAAACACUGUAUUCGUUUUCUUUUUUGACUCAGUCAAACGCAGAAAGAGAGACAGUGGCCGGAUAACUUGAUUGGUAUUCUGAUCAAAAUAAAAGAAUGUUUGUUUGCGGAGAUUCCGUAGGGGUCUACGCGAAAGGGACUAAUAUCGCUCGGACGCGCGGCAGUAGUAUCGUUUGGGCAUACAGCGGAGUCUGUGUCCUUGCUCAACAUAUCGAUCUGUUGUUCUUUUUUCUUUGUUUUGUUUUUUUUUUUCUUCUUCCUGUUUGUUUAUUGUUGUUUUAAUCCUCUCUGUUUCCCCGUUCGCUGAAACGUCAUUUCACAUGGUCUAAUUGUACUGGGAAAAUGUAUGUCUUACGGCCUGCUUAUCCAUCGCUCGUUAAAAAAAUAUUCAUGUUAUAUUUCGUUCUCCGUUAUCGUCGUCGUCAUUUUCCCGAGCGUCUCGUAGCUUGUUUAAAUUGCAUUAAGUUCUCUAUUAUAAGGGCUGGUGUUGAGAAGACGUGGAACACGUGUAUUUAUCGUAUGUCAACUUCCAGGUGUCAUAUCAGAUCUUUUGAAAUAAAUGCUAGUCUUAUACAGGGUGUUUGACAGAAUUGCAACUCCAUUCUCUCUAGGCAAGAAUUAUUUGGUUUUCUUUAGACUUUCUAUUUCAGGCUGAAACGUUACAGGCUAUUUUUUAUUUUUUUAUUUUAUGUCUUAUUUAAUUUGGCCCAUUUAAGUUUCUCCAGCAUAUUAAUUUGCACUGCUACAGUGUAGUGUUUAUGCAGAAUUGGGAAACGCUAUCGAACCAACGUGGAUAUGAAGUCUAUACAUACGUGACCUGUCUUUACUUUGUCUCUGGGAUACAAAAGCACUUACUAUAUGCAGUGAAGAACAGUGAAAUUAUUAUGUAGAGAUUUUAUGAGCAGCUUCAGUGUUUUCAAUGCAUACAAACAUUGAUUCCCUUCCUCAGGAAUGUCUGUAUGUAUGUGUGCGUGUGUACAGGGGGAUUUUUGAACCAAAAAUGUACUGGAAGUUCAUUCGAAGAUGUGUGCUGGGAGUAGAAUCUAACCUACUGAGGCCAUUUGUUCUUGUGUUCACUUGUGGCCAUAUAUUUGUAGACAUUGCUGGAGGUAUGCAGAGGAAGCUUGUGCAUUAUCCACUUCCUGGAGAACACUGAGAGGCAGGAUGCUGGGGGGAUUGUGGGAAAUGUAGUUUCUAAUGCUUUCCGCACAACUCAAGCAUUCAUUGUAACCUGUCCUCUGGGUUUUAUUGUGGUAAAGGUCAACCUAGGGGGAUUUGAUUCUUGUCCAUUUCAACACACAGGUGAAUACUCACAUGCAGUUAGUGUCACUCAUAGACAGCUACUGUUCUGAUAAACCUUUUUGAAAGUGAACAAAUAGUUCAAGUUCAGUUCCCAUGCGCAGGUCAAAUGCCAUUGGCAGAGCCUCUGAUCUUUCAGGGCCUUCAGCACUGUUUGCUCCUGUUUCCAAGAGAUGAAAUUUAUGGUCUUGUCAUUUUUUUUUCUUUUCUUUUUUUGCUCUCUUGUAUUUGUUCUGCCAUGGCGGGGCGGGGGGGGGAUGGGGAGGAGGUGAAUUCUAAUGAUGAUAAAUAAAGGCAGUUCAUCCUGUUUAAAAAAAAAAAAAGGAACUGUUCGUCCUCUGUGCUGUCUGGCCCAUGUGACACGUUCAGGGGUCCCAUAUUGUGCAGUGAGCUCCAGAGCUUGUUAAUGAUCCUAUUGGCUAGGUGUUUCAGGAAGGAGUCUUCCCCCCUCCCCCUCUUUCGGAUUGGUCAUCGUCACGCCCGGUCAUCGUUAGUCUCUACACGCGUGUGCGUCUGCGUACUCCACAGGACAUAAGUGUACUCUCUCUCUCUCUCUCUCUCUCUCUCAUCCUCAUACACGCGUGUAUACACGCAUUCGUUUAACCCCCCCCCCCCCCCCCCCGUGUUUGAGAUGUGCGAUUCAUCAACGGUGUUUUCAGUGUGCGUCUUGCUGGUCUUCGAACCUUCGUUCACGAAGUACGAGAAAUGCUGCUAUUUGUGUUACCUGGAGCGUUAUCUGUUCAUAGGUUUUUUUUGUCUCUCCCCUCACCCCCCCCCUUCCCCUCCCCCAAAAGGAUAUUCAAAGCCAAUUUUGUUGUUUUUCCUCUUCAAUUUUUCUGCCAAAUUUGUACAUCGUGAUUUGUAUAUAGAGGGACAAUCUGAGACUAAUGUGAAAGUGUUGGGUUGGCUAAGUGACACACGAAGUCUAACGCCAUAUUCUUAUCUGACGCCAAAGAGUUACUUUGUUUUGUUUGUUUGUCCUCUCCACCCCCUACCCCAUACCCCGUACCCCAUACCCCCUACCCCCCCCCACCCCCACCCCCCCCACCACCACCCCCCGAACCCUGAACUGUUGUAUUCAACAGAUCUCUAGGACUGAAAGGCGUCUGUUGUCUCCCUGUGAAUCGGAACUGUACGCUGUUGCAUAUAUUGUGCUUUUUCUUUUCUUUUUUCUUUUAGAAAUCACAUUAUUGGAAUCACCUUCACGUGUCCUUCAACAACCUGCCAUGUAGUGUGGAAAUAUUAGUCAAAUCAAAAGUGGAGUUUGCAUAAUUUUUUAUUUUAUUUUUUAAAAACACCAUUCUUUCAAAAAAAAGUACACAGAACUUGUGACUGAAGUACGCUAAUGUAACUGCAAAAUUAUGUCGGCUAUACAAUUUUGACUUGCGCCGCUUGAGUGUGUAAUAACGUGGUCUGUUUUUUGCACUAUAUUUAAUUUCUCGUAUUAUACCCCAUUAACUUGUUUUAAUAGAGUGUUUAUCGAAUCAGAUUUUUUUUUUUUUUGUAGUGUGGAUUUUUUUUUUUUUUUUUUUUUGUUUUUAUGUGUGUGUGUGUGUGUGUGUCAUACAUGAUUUAGUUUCAUGUUAUUUAUUUUUGUUUUCUUUCAUCUUAUUUUUUAUUGAACACAUACAAAGGACCAACAGAUAAAAGAGACUGUGUCAGUGGUCAGCACGGAGAAACUGCACUUUCAGAUCCCUUAUCAUGGUCAGUUUAACUAUGAUCUGUUAUAUUUGUAUAUUUGAAAAGACUAUACUUUUAAUUUGAAGAAAUUUGAUAAAUAAAUGAUUUUACUUUAUUAUUUAGGUAAAUAUUCCUGCAUUUAAGAAAAGAUAUAUAACAUUUACUGCGUGCAUAAAGGGUGUGUAUAUUGUCCAUAUUUAAAAAAACGACAAAAAAAGCAAACAAAAAAAAAAAACAAACAAAACAAACAAACAAAAAAAAAGUAAAGAUUUAAUGUUUCUAGUGAGAAAUGUAUUUGUAUGGCCGAGGUAUUAACGCUGACUGGAGGGUUAACCUGCGUAAGCGAAACCCGGUUUCGUCCGUACGUCGGACGAAACCGGAAGUAUUAUUGGUGCAUGGGAAAACCCGGGAGCCUCCUUUUUCCCUGGCGUUCAGCGGACGUAUCCUCGUUGAUUUCUUGCACAAUAGCGGACGCAUGAUAUUCAGUGUUUUCCAAACAUAAACGCUGUUUCUUUUUUAUUUUUUUUAAAUUAUUAUUAUUAUUUUUUUUUAGUCCUUCACAUUUCUCCUCCUGAGCUCGCUUUCUCUUUGACUUUUCCGUCAUCUUUAACGCUGAAGUCGAUAACGUUACGGAAGUCGCUCAGUCGGUAACAUUUACAGGUUAUCAUUUUUAAUUUAAAUUAGUUUUUUACUUUUUGGAUUUGUGUGUGUUGAGUACGCAUUAUCGUGCGGAUGUCGGUUGCUAGUCCUACUGUAUCUUCUGGGAAAAAUGUGAGGAAAAAAGUUGUCUUUGACUGAGGUGCCCUCUUUGUCCAUUCCUUUUUUUCCUUUUUUUUAAUUUUAUUUUAGUUUUCUCUGUGUUUUCGGUUGUCUUCGAGUGAAUUUCUUGCCCUGCAUCUCUCCGUACACUUCUCCCGGUAUGAUUCGCAGCAACAUACACGAGGAAGUCUCUCCUUCUCUCUUUCUCUCACUCUCGCUCUCUCUCUCUCUCUCUAUCUCUCCCUCAUCCGCCAUCUUCUGUCUUGGAAAAAAAAACAAGUUAACAGUGGGUUGCAGUAUUUUCUCAUUGUAGCCAAUUUUUCUUGUACAGUUUUAUGCAAAUUUCACAUGGAUGUUUAUGACUUUAUCUGCUGCCACAAAAAAAUUUAGAAAUUCUGUAGAUAGAAAUUACUGUGCAAUGGAAAAAUAAAUAUGAAAAAAAAAUCUAA